AUGGAAGAACUAUCGGACGGCGCAAUAGUUUGGGUCAAGCUGAGCAACUGCUGGUGGCCCGGUGAAGUUAUAGGCGACGAGAAGUUGUCGGAUGAUUUUCUUUCCUCCCUGCGGAAGAAACCAUUGGCAGUGGUGAAAUUUUUCGAUGAAGAUGCCUAUGAGUACGUGAAAAAUCCCAAUUUCAUUUUCAAGUACAACUGUCCCCGUAAGACCGAGUUUCUACGCAAAGGCCUGGAACAAUACCGAGCGAAGAACAAGCACAUGGAAAAGUUCCCAGCAGAUGUAAUGCACGCCGAGCGAAUGACGGGCGGGGAUCCGAAUAUCGUGAAUUCCACCGAUUUUCUUCCUCAAAAAAAGGAACGAUACUCGGGGAUGUUUCAGGAUUCUGCCAAAGCGAAAGAUAAGAAGAAUAAAUCAUUGACACCAUCUAAAGCAAUGGCAAUUCCUGUAGUGUCCUCUGUUGGUCGUAAAACGAUGCACGAGAUACGAAUCCUUGCGCAACCUUCCGCAGCAUCGAAACCCGCAACGUCGGGCUCGGAUGGAGCGGUGGAAAAAGUGACCUCGCCAUCGUCACAAACCUAUCACUGUCACAAGUGCGGCUUUUCCAGCAAUCGACAGAAUGUUAUCGUUAUUCACACGAAAAAUUGUCGGGCUACUGGUGCAGCCGUUGUUUCGUCAGCGCCAUCGACCCCGUCGGGAGCAACAGGCUUAGCAAAGGCAAAAGAAGCGGACGACUCACCCAAACCUGUCUCGGAUGCGACUAUACUUUCGGCUGACAAGGGUAAAACCGAUGCGAAGCUUAAGAAGGAACUGCUGGCUGAUUGGAGUGAAGACGAGCAAGACGAUGAUAUGGAUACUGCCGUUGACGAAGCAAAGAACACGCAGGAGAAUUCGGAAAAGAAGAAAAACAUCGCAAAAGAAUCUUCUUCCUCUAUGUCGCCCCAGAAAGAAACGGAUAAUGAUGAAGAGAGUGCUAAAAUGGAGCAAAAGCCAAGUGACGAAGAAAGCAGCACAGCAAAGGAUUCGGACAAAGAGACCACUUCGGACAGUCCGUUGACCACGUCGAGCGUAUCAUCUACGACGACCGCACCUCCGUUGGUAUCGCCUUGUACGACCAUCAAGUAUCGCAAUAUUCCUAAGAAACAGAAACGAGAGUUCAUCGAAGUGACAAACGAUGACGCGGCAUCGGUACAUGGACCGGUGCAGGAUAAGGCGCCGUCGCGGGAAGACAGCACUGCCAGUAGUUCCUCAACAACCGGAUCAAGCGAUACGUUAGGCAACGGCAUUACUACACUCUUCAUGGGCACCGGUGCUACCGACCGUCCGAUUAGUGCCAAACAACUGAUUUUAAAUCGUGCAACCCGCUGUUCCAGCAAAUCCCUCAGCGGUGACGAAACGCUGAAAGCUGACGAUGGGAAGCUAGAUAGCGGCAAGAACGACCGUGGCGAAUCUCAGCAAAACCGCGAAGCCAUAAAGCAAACAGAAUCGAUCGCAAAUGAGGAGGUUUCUUGUUUCGAUUUCAAGGACGAUGAUGAGCAUGAAAAGAGUCCGCAAUCUUCGCAAUUCUCCUCGGCUGCCCACAGACGGUCCGGAUCGUUGGCGGACCGUAAGUCUGCUGCUAAGGAAGCGCCGCAGGAAGACUGUACCGGUGCGCAGAAGCGACGAUCGAGUGGGCGCAAAAAAUCGGUCAUCGAAGGCGCGUUAGCUGAAAAGGAACAACAAAACAGCAACGAAGCUACCGUUGCCACCGAUGUACGCAGUAACCGGAAAGAAAACAGCGAUUCUGGCCCGGAUCGCGAUGCUCAGUUGAGUAAAGCGAUCGAUUUUUUAUUGGACGAAACUGACGUUCCAAAGCUGCCAGAUGAUCUUAAACAGGUGGUGGCCGCUGUGUCGGAGAAAAUCGAUUGCAAUCGCACCCUUCCGCCGAAGGAGCGUGGAAAGCGCAUUUUCAAAACACGCAACAAAAGCUCACUAGCGGCCACAACCGAUUCAAAGGAGUCGGCGGAAGAGCCCGGUGUUGCGAAAUCGGUAGAAGCUGAAAGUAAUCAGAGCCAAGGGGUUGAGCAACAAGAAAAGAUGGAUCAUGAGCAGUCGCCGGAUGAAGCCAUUCCGAAGCCAGCAGAUGUACCUGUUGUUUCGGAACCAACGGCGGCCAACAGUGGCGUGGAUAAGAAAGCAGGCGCUAGCGGAACAAAGUUUGAAAACUCUGAUUUUGCAGCCAUCAAAGCGAAACGGACAAAGUAUUCGCGGGAAGAAGACUAUCAGAAUCCCUCCGUGACAUCUUCAGAGCAGGGAACAGAGGCAGUAGAGGAACCAGAGCCUGCUUUGUUGGAGCGUGACGAAAAGCCAUCGGUGAUUAACCCUAAGUCAGAGGUACAGCAAACACCACCAACACCGGGAUCAUCUCCGAACGCAAAGGGUCGCCGUGGGAAGCAGAAGAAACCGACACCGAUCACGACACCGCCGCCUGCCGUUGCUAUGGUGGAAUCCGUCGAGAUGAAGGCAACCAAGGCUGUUGCUAGUGGAAAUGAAACUGCAAAAAUGGAUGUAGAAAAUGAAGCAUCCACUAAGGAAGUGGAAACGGAUCAUCAGGAGAAUGUUGCAAAAAAAGUACAGCGAAAAUCGAGCGAAAACUUGCUUCCAGAUAGUAGUGGCAGCGAGCCCUUGCAAUCGCGCCGCCGCACAAAGAUGAAGCACCAACGGGACGUGGAAGAAAGGGUACACCCAAUUGAGGCGGAAUCGUCAAGGCGAUCAAAGCGAAACCGCAAGGAAACUGCCUCGGAUAGUGCACCGCACACUAUAAGCAAGUCGCGCGUACCAUCGAACAUUGAGGAAUGCGUUGUUGGCAACGCGGUCGUUGCCAAGGAAACAGAAAACAUUACGACAGCCGUCGCACCGGCUGCUCGUCAAGCAGAGGACGAAGGCAUGAAACAACCAGAAUCGUUUUCAGUUGCCGUCGAUGACGAGGUCCUAGUGGAAAAAGAUGUAAAAGCGAACACCAAGCAGGAAAAACCACCUCCAGACAGUGGAAAAUCUUUAAAACGGAAACAAAAUGCACGAGCUACGGCUGAGUUCACGGCCAAGAUGGAACGAUCGCUUGCAGUGGAUGGAAAGCCACAAGAAUAUGCAAAGCCAACUAAUGAAGGAUCGUUGAAGGCUGAGCUCGGCAAGGAUAGAAAGCUUAAACCUAAUCGGCACACCGUCGGCUCAAGCGGCGCCGUUGUUUCUAGCACCCCGGUUGUCAUGGGAACGAAACCAACGCCAACGGAUCUGCAGGUAGCCGAAGCUUUAAUCCAUCUACCGGAAGCAGCAGUAGCAGCGGCGGCAACUGCCACGUCAACGCUAGCAAUCCUUCCCGUUGUGUCAAAGGUGAAGGAACCAGAUACUGGAGCUAGUACCGAGAAACUAGCACCGUCACUAACGAAAGACGAUGAUGACCUCGCCGUAUCUUCUCCUUCCGUAACACAAUCGCUGCAACCGUCGGCUGUUGUGAUAGGAGCAGCGCAGAGCAGCAGUAGGUCCGGUAGCAUUGCUAUGAGAAGUAUUAAUCCCCGGAAGCGACACCUACAGUCAAUGCUGCUCACGGAGGAUGCUACGGGCGAACAAAAACGGGCAGCCACAGGCCACAAAACGGCACACGUGGAAAGUACUAGUGUUACGACCGAACCGGCCAGUUCCCCGGUAGUAUCCGGUGGCACUGAGAAACAACAACAGCAACAGAAGAAAAAUACACCCAUUCCGGAGAGGAAGAAAAAGGAGUCUGCCGGGGAAUCGGAACCGCUGCCGCCCGACGUCGUAGCAGUGGACGAGGAUAAGUUUGACAUCGACAGUAUGCCAAUCGUAAUGGGUGAUAAUGGACUGCUCGUGGACGAUGUUGCAGCCAACGAGCAGACGGCUGUUAUUAAAAAUGUGAACGGAAGUGGAAUGACCACCGUGGACAAACAUCAGGAACCGAGUGUUAGUAGCGGGCCAGUCGUAACAACAAUGAAGGGUGGCGUGGCGGCCAAAGAGCAAAUUGUAAUAACGAGCAAGGGCACCGUUCUGACCACCUCAUCGCCGGCCGUUGCGGUUAAAUCGAAACUGCAACCAGCAACCAAAUCGGACGUAAAGGUGACGAGCGCCAUCACGCUUGGCACGACCGGCGUUCGGGUAAGCGCCACAGCGGGUGCCCUUUCCGCAACCACGUCACGGCGCGCACAGGCGGAGCAGACCGCACCUUCGUCCAGCUCCAAUGGUUCCCCAAAAGUACCGGUGGCGGAUGGAGAGCAAACGGCAAAAGAAAAGGCUGCCACCGCCCUGGCAGCAGUGCCGUCAUUUUCAGUGGCAUCUUCAGCAGCACCAAAGAAAAUGAUUGCCAAGAAGCUCCUAGGCGAUCCAGCGGGAACCAUGGCGCCGGCCAGCAGCUCCAUCGUGAUCGCCACGAAUGUCGCCGAUCGUCGCUACUCUGGCGAUGAGCCUUCCUCAUCCGUUUCAUCCUCCUCGUCGACCGAGCAGCAGCAUACCCCAACGGUGAUCGAUGUUGGUGGUGGUGGUGGCAAUGGUUCCAGUGACAGUAGUAAGAAAGGGCACCGAGUUAUGAAGAUUACCCCACAGAAGCUGCAACAGUUCAGCCGUCUCGGAUACGUCGAGGAUAAAGGCAAGAGGAAGGUAAUGACAGCGAGCGGUAUGCGACAGUUCAAACGCGAACAGUUGCUGCAGCAGCAACAGCAACAACACAAGCUUCAGCCAACCACGGACAACGCUCUCCCGACACAGUCGAAGCAGGCCAGUACGGCCGAUGCUAGAAAGAAACCGAAACACACGACCACGAAACCCAUUGGUUCUGGCUCCGGGGUGGUUUUGGCAUCGAGCAGUUCAUCCCGUUCCGCGUCUUUCGGACUGGCGGAAGCGGUAAGCUCCGGUAAUGUGGUGGUUGCGGCCGCGGCCGACUCCUCUGUUCAGGAGCUACAGGGCGGCACUACCGUGUCCCUCGCCAAACAGCUCGUGGUCACCGACGGCGACGGUGAAAGGAAUGCGAUGAUCAUUCAUGAGACAAUCCUUCCGGCUGCAACAAUUAAAUCGACCGUCGGAGCGCCCGAGAAAGUCCCGUUCGAAUCCAGCGACGGCGCACAGCUGCUAGAAGGUUCCCCAUCGAGCAGCACGAGCGCGGCCUCGGAAGUGAUUCUCGGUGGCGCAGUCGAAUCUGCGAUACCGUCCAUCGGGGUCGUUGAGCCGAGUAGCAGCACCGCUGCAAGCACUGCUGCCGGUGAGCAGGAAUCACAGUACAUUGCUGUUAAUGCGGAACACUUUGGAGGGCCUCCGAACCUCUUCUAUCUGUGUUCGGUGCGGGACGAGGGUUUGGUACCGGUCAAUAACGAGCUGCUCUACUUGGAUGCUUCCAAUCAGCUGGUGGCACUGGCGGCUGGUCAGCAACAUUCCGGCUCGGGGCCCACGGCCGAGGAUAUUAUCAAUCAGGCGGAAGUUAUCAUACCGACCGGGGGUAACGGUGCCGACCUGCCGACGGUGGCACUAGCGUCGGCAACGGGUGAUGCCGGCACAGCCGGCGUGAAUGUGGUGGCAGCUGGAGGCAGCGACGUUGGGGCAGUCGUCGAAACCGGCAGCACGGACGGUACGCAGCAGAGCUUUCUUCUGAACACCCAGGACGGGCAGCAGAUCAUUCUCGAUCAGCAGAGUCUCAUGGCGCUGGCAGCCGGGGGCGAUACGCCACACCUCCUUACAGCGGAUGGCCAACAGAUUCUACUGCAAGAAGCAACACAAGAAUGGCUGGCCGCGUUAGCCGUCGGUCAGCAGCAUCAGCAACAAUCUGCCGCACUCAGUGCACUGGUGACACCGCAAGGCACACAGAUCAUACUGGCACCGGAUUGCAUCGAACUGCAGGAGCAAACUGCGCUGCUGCCGACGGAAGUGAUUCAGGUGCACCCGAGCUCCACGAUCGAGACGAAUGCCAUCCUUACGAAGCCCCCGAUCAUGUCCACGGUCGAAGUGCCAUCGAAGAACGGUAUCGAUCCUUCGGCAAGCGGAUCAACGGGGGUUGAUCAACGGUUGGGAAGGAAAUCGGCUCCAUCCUGUGUGCCAGGCGCUGCCGGUUGUCGGGCGGCAGGAACCGUAGGGAAGCAAUCGCCACCGGGUGCCUCCAUUCUGGUGCCACCGGCCGGAACAUCGGUGACAACGAAUCUCGACGAAACGACGCUAGCGGCUGUAAUCGGUGUCCCUUGCAAACCGACAAACGUGCCGACUUCGCUCGAGCUCCCGAUCACGGUGACGAAUCCGGUCAUCGCCAAAACGACCACCACCAGUAGCCGCCUAAAUCCGGUACUGUUUCCGGUUGGUGGCUCAACGACCGCCACCGUACCGUCGGACCUAGCCCUUCCACCGGCGACAACGGUGGUCCUGUUGGCCGGCCCGAUGUCAGCAGCAGGUACGGCAGCCGAUCGGGCACCCACUCUCUCGUCUCCCGCAGCUUCCUCUCCCAUGCAUCCCGAUCCUUCAGCCGAGUCCAUUACAGAGGGAGCCAUUUUGCCGCAACGAGGUGCAACGACACAGGAAGAUCCGGAUCCGGACUCGGACGAUGACAUUCAGAUUCCCAACACACCCGAUUCUCAGCUGGACAGUGGGCGACAGAUUGCGUACGAAUCGAGUGACUGCGACGAUGACGAAGUGCCCGCAAACACCCCGAAUGACGACAGUGGCCAGCAGCGGCGCAAUCAUUACGAGGCGAGAAUGAUGCCGAGUCAUGGCAAUAACUUGAUGGUGGUUGAUGAUGAUGAUGAUGAUGAUGAGGGUUCCAAUGGUAGCGAAAUAAUACCACUGCAACCGAACGUGGUCGUUCUUGAUGGCUCAUUGCUGAACCAGAACUUGGGCGACGAAGUCGAUGACGGUGACGAUGAUGACGAUGAUGAUGAUGGUAUCGAGGAUGAUACCGACGGAGACGGAGAUUUGGAGGACUUGCAGCAGCAACCUACAGUAAGAACGGUGCAUUGCGUUCCCACCUCCGGUCGAAACGGAGCUCACGGUGCGAGUAAUAAUGACAGUGGCAUCGACACCACUAUGGCCGCUACAGCGACUGCUGCAUCCGCGGCUGCUAACAACGCUACACCACCCAACGGUGCUCGUCGGACGGUUGUGGAGCGAUAAUUUCGUCAAUUGACCCACAGUAUGAAACGUGACCGGGGUUUACACGAUUAGAUUCUUUCAUCUAGCAAUCGCCGAAAGGAUGUUCGUCUAGUAGUGACCGGAUGGUUUCAUACGUUGGAGACAUUGUUGAGGAUGAGACAUGUUGCUGAGCAGGUCCCACCAUCGGUUACAUUUUACCCCAACGGGGCCGCCAAACUCCGAGAGUGAAAUUCGAGAAGCUCCUGCGGCGCUGCCGCACUCAACCAGCUGGCCGGGAGUUGUACAUUUUAUCAUUUUAUUACCAGACAAUGGAGAAUAUGUAUCCACGCAGCACGCGGCAACGUUGUCGUAGCAUAUUAUCAGAAAAAAAACUAUAGCUUACGUAACUAUCGCACGAUUCUGCGAGACUUUUUAGUUUCCUUACAUUACGACAGCAACUGUGUAAAAUAUAACCAUUUAUCCCAGUGGCUUGUUUGGGGGCAUAAGUUGACGGUCAACUGUUUUCUAGAGAUUGGCACAGUCAAACAAGCACUAUACGAUGUGAAUGUCCCGUCCCUUUAACAGGCAUGGAGGACAGUUUUAGCCAACCUGUAACCACAGUCACGUUCUCCACGGAAGUCUGCUGGUAAGCGGAUGUUUUACAACACGAUUCUACAGUACACACUGCCUCGAGCCGAAGCUCGCGGAGAAUGCGGUGCGGAGGUUUGUCUUUUGGCAAUUGGCAACAGUGCAGCAGUUUUAAGUCACUGAACCAACGAAAAGAAUACCUUUCCGGCUAGACGGUCGUGGUUGGAGGGUCCUAGCAUAUUAUCAGUAGUGCUUCAAUUCAAAACCUCAAACAUUAAUGGGAUAUGACAACCUCAACAGCUUUGUACAAAGUGCUCGCAGUAAAUGUUAGAAUUUCAAAGUAAACAAUAAAAUUGAAGUAA